UUGUCUUUCAACAGCUACCUGAAGUUUCUGGCUGUCAAGUCAUCAUGGCAGACCUGGGCUGCAAAAAACCCAGUGACUGCACAGUCUCCAGGCUGCUCAGCGUGGUGGAGAGCGAACUCCGGGCUGGCAGAGACAAAGGCGACCCCACGGAGAAGCAGCUCCAGGUUGUCCUAGAGGAUGCGACGCUCUGGCAGAGAUUCAGGGAAGUCACUAAUGAGAUGAUUGUGACCAAGAAUGGCAGGAGGAUGUUCCCUGUUUUGAAGAUCAGCGUGUCCGGCUUGGACCCAAACGCCAUGUAUUCCUUCCUGCUGGACUUUGCCCCGACCGAUGGCCACCGCUGGAAGUAUGUCAACGGAGAAUGGGUGCCAGCUGGGAAACCAGAGCCACCAAACCACAGCUGUGUGUACAUCCACCCAGACUCUCCCAACUUCGGGGCCCACUGGAUGAAAGCUGCCAUUUCCUUCAGCAAAGUCAAACUUACCAACAAGCUCAAUGGGAGUGGGCAGAUAAUGUUGAACUCCCUCCAUAAAUAUGAGCCUCAGGUACACAUAGUUCGUGUAGGAGGUCCCCACAGGAUGGUAAUGAACUGCUCCUUCCCUGAGACACAGUUCAUAGCUGUGACUGCCUAUCAAAAUGAAGAGAUAACAGCUCUCAAAAUCAAGUAUAAUCCCUUUGCAAAAGCCUUCCUGGAUGCAAAAGAAAGAAAUCAUCCCAAGGAUGCUCCAGAAACAGUCUCUGAAGGUCAACAUAUGACAUAUUCUCACUUAGGUGGCUGGUUGAUUUCCAACCCAGAUACCAUGUGCACAUCUGGAAGCUCUAAUUAUCAGUAUGCUGGACCUUUGCCUCUGCCAGCUCCACACACUCCUCAUAGCUGCGAGCGAUACUCAGCGCUGCGAGGGCAUCGAGCUGCUCCCUACCCACCUUCCUACGUGCAGAGAAAUCAUUCACCUACAGUUAAUUUGUUGGAAAGCUCCAGCAAUAAUCUUCAGGUAUUCUCAGGACAUGACAGCUGGACUUUGCCUUCCUCUCCACAUGCUAAUUUGCUCUCAGUGCCACACACCAAGGGAUCUGCCAGCCCUGGACCCAGCCACUACCCUUGCCUGUGGACAGUGAGCAACAGUGCCGUCAAUGUUGCCAACCCAGGAAGCGAGGUGAACAGCAGCACUUCAAGCAUGUUUCUAAGGGGUAAUGUGCCCUUGCCCACUGCAUCAUCAGUCCAAAUGCCUCGUCAGGGAAUGGUGUCCAGCAGCAUGGAAACACAAGGGGAAGCCGCUCUAGGCAGACUAGCUGAUUCUGCGUGGACAUCUUCACACUCCUUUUAAUGGACAGGCUGCUCGGGAGGGAAGCUUAGCCAAACAAGACGGACACUGUUGUUGGAAAACAGUUCCCUAGAGUCAGAACCAUAGAACCAUUGAGGUUGGAAGAGACUCCUGAGAUCAUUAAGUCCAACCACUCACCUAGAGCUCACAAUUCCAUCAUUAAUGUUAAGCCACUAUCAUUAGUAAACUGUGUCCCUCAGCACCACAUCCAGACAUCUUUCAAAUCUCUCCAGGGAUGGUGAUUCCACAACCUCCCUGGGCAGCCUGUUCUAAUGCUUGAUAAUCCUUUCUGUGAAGAAAUUUUUCCUAACAUCCAACCUGAACCUCCCUUGGCACAACUUGAGGCCAUUUCCUCUUGUCCUGUCCCUUGUUGCAUGUGAGAAGAGACUGACACUCACCUUGCUCCAGUCUCCUUUGAGGUAGUUGUAGAGGGAAAUAAGGUCUCCCAUCAGCCUCCUCUUCUGAAGACUAAACAUCCCCAGUUCCCUCACAUGUUCCUCAUAAGACUUGCAUUCAAGGCCCUUCACCAGCUUAGUUGUUGUUCUCUGGGCACACUCCAGCAUCUCAAUGUCCUUCUUGUAAUGAGGGGCCCAAAACUGAACACAGUACUCAAAGUGUGACCUCACCAAUGGUGAGUGCAGGGGGAAAGAAUUGCAGCUUAGAGCAGGGAUGUGUAUGCAGAAAACCAACUUCAUCAAACAUCACUUCCCUUCAUGUACCUCCUGUGUGCCAGAGAAGCUAAAAUGCAUAACGCAAAGACAAAAAAUGUGGGAACUGCUUGUUACUGUAACACUUAUGUGUCAGAAUUGUUUUCAGAGUGAAUCUUUGUAGUUAGUUUGGAUGAUUUAUCACAUAAAAAAUGGUUAGAGACAUGAGACUGGGUGAAGCAGACAUGGCAGUUGGAUAUUGCACGUCAUUUUAGAAGUCCUUUCUGUAACUAGAAGCAGAGAUCAGGGGAAAUUGUGAGCAAGUUCACAGCUGGUAAUUUGAAGGGACAGUGCUGCUUUGAAGACUUUCUGAGUCUGUCACAUGAAUGUGUUCAUAGUACUUAAAACAAGCCCUGCAGGUGCCUUCAUUAGCACCUUAAUGCCACUUGGAUGCGAUACUCUGUCUCCUCCAGCUCCUGUUUUCUAUUUGUGUGCUGUAGGGGUACUGGGUGUACACAAGCUGAGAAAGUGGCUCCAUUGUGGCAGCAAGGUGAAGGGCAUCUCGUUUAGCGUUUAUAGUCUGGUGUGACAGUCUUUGAAAUGAAAAGUUCCAAUGUUUUUAGUAUGUGCUAAUUUUGAAAGAGUGGAGGGGAAAGAACGGCAGAAAAAAUACUCAGCUUGCAUUUGCACUUUGUUUCAGGUACAGGAUACAAA